AUGAACACGAUAGCGAGCAAUUAUAUUGAUAUAACUUUCCAAUCGAUUUAUAGUGAUUUUAAAAAGGAUUUGACCUGUUUAGCUGUUUCGCGAAUUGCAGAUUCCGUUCCGGAGGAAGUGUUCCCGCGUGAACUCAUUAAAAUCCCCGCUAAUUUACGUCUCGCGGACCCCGAAUUCCAUAUACCACGGUCGGUUGAUAUUUUGAUUGGCUCCGGUGCCACGUUAUCGUUACUAUCAAUAGGGCAAAUUAAAUUAUGUCGCGACGAUAGCGAUUUGUUUUUACAAAAAACCCGACUCGGAUGGGUAAUAGUUGGCGGCGCGGUAGAUAACUCGAAAAAUCAAGCAGUCUCGUGUGCUUUGUCGGAAUUAAAGGAACAGAUUGCCAAAUUUUGGUUAAUAGAAAAUAUAGACUCCGAAACGACGGGAUUAACAGAAGAAGCGUUAUGCGAGACGCAUUACCGCGAAAAUACAACGCGCGACACAUCGGGACGGUAUAUUGUGCGUUUGCCUUUUCGCGCCGGCGAUAGAGAUUUUGGCGACUCGCGACGGUCCGCUUACCGUCGGUUUAACGCGCUUCAGAGGAAAUUAAACGCGAACGCAAUGCUUAAGGCAGAAUACACGAAGGUGAUGCAGGAGUAUAUUACUCUUGGUCAUAUGUCUCGGGCUGACGACGAGACUGUGGCAGGCUAUUACAUGCCUCAUCACGCCGUGAUAAAAACAACUAGUGCCACUACGAAGGUUCGCGUAGUUUUCGACGCGUCAGCUAAGUCGGAGACGAAUAUUUCUUUGAAUGAUAGGCUUAUGAUAGGUCCCACUAUUCAGGAUAAGCUCUUUGAGCAUUUAGUUAGAUUCCGGACACACGCGUACGUGCUCACUGCCGACAUCGAGAAGAUGUACCGGCAAAUUCUCGUUCACCCUCAGGAUAGGAAGUACCAACGGAUAUUUUGGUAUCAUGAAGAUCGCGUUACAACGUACGAAAUGAACACGGUCACAUUCGGCGUUUCAUCUGCUCCGUACCUCGCGAUUCGCACAGUUCAGCAGCUCGCAGAUGACGAGCGCGCAGAUUUUCCGUACGCAUCGGAAAUUUUGAAACGGGAUUUAUACGUAGAUGACCUUUUAACGGGCGCGAAUUCACUAGAAGAAAUUUUAAAAAUCCGCGAUGAGAUAAUUGAACUUUUAAAACGGGGCGGGUUUAAUAUACGCCAGUGGGCAUCGAAUCAUAAUCACGCGCUUGAUAAUAUUAAUGAGAAAAUCCUCGGGACGGAUUGCGUAACUGAUGAUAGUACAGUAAUAAAAACGUUAGGCCUCGGAUGGAACGCGCGCGAAGACAAACUCGUAUAUUCAGUAAAAUCACUCGAACUUCCCGCGAAACUCACCAAACGCGUCAUUUUGUCCGAAAUAGCGAAAAUUUUUGAUCCACUUGGACUAUUAGGACCGGUAAUUUUAGCCGCGAAGGUUUUUAUGCAGGAAUGUUGGAAAACGAAGCUUGAAUGGGACGAAUCGGUUCCACAAGCUUUGUGCUCCAGUUGGACUGCGUUUUCAAAUCAACUUCAUUUCGUGAAUAACUUAACCGUAGACCGAAGGCUUAUCCUAAAAAAUGCUAAUAAUAUUCAACUUCACGGGUUUUGCGACGCGAGUAAGGUAGGGUACGGAGCAUGUAUUUAUCUACGUUCUUGCGAUCGAAAUGGUCAUACUCUCGUGCGUUUGUCGUGUGCGAAAUCUCGGGUCGCGCCGCUCAAAGAGAUGACCAUGCCGCGUCUCGAAUUAUGCGGUGCGUUGACGCUCGCUCGAUUAUACCGCGAAACACGUUCGGCUAUCGAUAUUCCAAUUAAUCGGGUUACAUUUUGGACCGACUCCACGAUAGUUGUGCAAUGGCUAAAAAAGUCCCCAUCGGUUUUAAGACUUUUCGAAUCUAAUCGCGUCGCGGAGAUUCAGAAGAUCGAAGAAGCCGAAUGGCGGCAUGUCAGAACUAAGGACAACCCGGCGGACGCAUUGUCCCGCGGUCAAUAUCCCGCAGCGUUUUGCCAAAACAACUCGUGGUUCGAAGGUCCUAAUUGGUUACGCGAUCGCGAAGAUUCUUGGCCGGCCAAUUUAGAUAUUACCGUUACAGAUCUUCCCGGGUUAAAAAAGACAACGUGUCUAGCGCUUACGAUCAAUAAAUGCGACUUUUUUAUUAAUUUUUCGUCGUACUCGAAACUCGUCCGUGUAGUAGCCUAUUGUUUACGAAUGCUACGAUCAAACAGUCAUAGGGGAGAGAUAUGCGCGGAGGAGAAAAUUGCGGCGGAACGUUCGAUUAUACGAGCGAUUCAGAGGGAACAAUUUUCUGGCGAGAUCCAGCAUAUAUCGUCAUCGGGGGGAGCUAAGGGUAAUCGAUUAGCGUCUUUGAACCCUUUUAUCGAUAGCGAUGGUUUACUCCGCGUUGGCGGACGAUUACAGAACGCUGAGAUCUCGUAUUCGCAGAAGCAUCCAAUUCUCUUACCGUCGUAUCACCAUGUGACUGAUUUGAUCAUUCGUAACACUCAUGAAUGCACGUACCACGCGGGCAUUCAGAGUACGUUAUAUACGAUUCGACACCGUUUUUGGUUACUCGACGGGAAAAAUCAGGUACGAAAGAUAGUUCGACGAUGCGUUCGGUGCAUCCGUCUUAGGGCAACACCUGUGCAACGGGUAAUGGGCAACUUGCCGAAAUCGCGAGUAGAAGAAGCCGCGGCGUUUACACAUACGGGCGUAGAUUUUUUCGGGCCGCUAUUUAUUAAGGAAAAGAAACACCGAAAUCGAAAUUGUGUGAAGGCGUACGGCUGCGUGUUCGUAUGUAUGUCGGUUAAGGCAGUACAUAUCGAAAUAGUCAGCGAUCUAACAACGGAAGGUUUCCUCGGAGCCUUUAGACGCUUUAUAGGCCGGCGCGCGAUACCUACGCACGUUUAUUCGGAUAACGGCACGAAUUUCGUAGGUGCCAACAAUCAGUUACGCGAAUUAUACGCCUUGUUCGGGUCGGACCAAUUUAAGGAUCGUGUUAAUGAGUUCGCGGUUAAUAAGAAUAUUACGUUGCAUUUUAAUCCACCUUUGUCACCGCAUUUCGGGGGAAUAUGGGAAGCAGCGGUCAAGUCUUUCAAGCACCACUCCAAGCGGGUUGUAGGUGAACGUCUCUUUACUUUUGAAGAGAUUAACACCUUCGCUAUUGAGAUCGAAGCUAUCUUGAAUUCGAGACCGUUGUGCCCUAUUUCUUCGGAUCCGAAUGAUCCGCUUGCGCUGACACCUGCGCAUGUUUUGGUUGGGCGACCUCUCACGAUACUGCCGGAGGAUAAUGUGCUUUCGGUUCCAGAGAAUCGUUUAGCAUCAUGGAAAUUGAUUACAAAGGCUCGCCAGGACUUCUGGAAACGAUGGUACACAGAGUACCUCAACGAACUGCAGAAGCGCCAAAAGUGGCUUGAGGCCCGUGGCGAAAUCAAGGUGGAUACCAUUGUCCUUCUCAUGGACAAGAAUCUACCAUGUAUGCAGUGGCGGCUGGGCAGGGUUCUGGAGAUACAUCCUGGUGGUGAUGGAGAAGUGCGGGUGGCUACCAUCAAAAGCGCUAACGGUGUUUUUAAAAGGAACAUUUCUGUGUUGUGUCCCUUGCUUGAGGACGUUUAA